AUGUCGUUGCGGAACGUCGGCUACGAUGCGUUUGUGUCCUUGGCCCCUGGUGGCUUGCUACAGCAGGUAGGGCGCAUGGGGCAAAGGGCAGCGGCAAAUUUUCAGUCCCUAAUUGACAACACUGAGGAUAUUCCAACAUGUCGCUGUAUGCCGUCAGAUUCAUGCUGGCCGUCGAUCGAGGAGUGGGACAAGUUCAAUCAGAGCCUUGGAGGCAAGCUCAUUUUCUCCAAAGCCUCUCGCUAUUCUGGCUCAGUUCUUCGCAAACCGAAGUUGCGACCCUUUUUUCCCUGGUGGCUUGCCCUGCGUUCAAGGAACAAAGCACUUCAAUAUGCAAAGGACCACAACGUUCAUUUGACAAUUCGCAACACUGGGCAUGAUUAUUACGGUAGAGCGACAGGGGCCGGUUCACUGUCUAUCUGGACGCACCAUAUGAAAAGAAUCGAAAUCCUUGAUUAUGAGUCGCCGACUUACACGGCAUACGAGAUAGCUCAUGCCAACGGGCUCCUACUAGUCGGAGGCGAUAGCGACAGUGUGGGUUACGCAGGAAGAUACAGUCAAGGCGGCGGAAAAGGACCAGCAGCAUCCAAGUAUAGACUAGGAUCUGACCAGGUCCUUGAAUGGGAAGCUGAAUUGUCUGGAGGUGGCGGAGGAACCUAUGGAGUUGUCGUCUCCAUGAUAAGCAAGGCUUAUCCAGACACACAUACCGCAGGCGCCCAACUCGUUUUCACUAAUGCAGGUCUCUCAGAUGAUGACUAUUAUCAUGCCAUUGAAAUGUUUCAUGCCCAUCUCCCCGCUCUCGUUGAUACUGAAAUCACUGCCCUUUAUAUCACAGGCGGAAAUUUUUCGAAACUCAGUCCGGUGAUGGCACCAGGACUGACAGGAGAACAGCUUGAAGGCCUAUUUAAGCCCAUUCUGUCCAAGUUAGAAAACUCAAGAUCAAGUACAUCGAUGUCAUUUUCAACGUAUCUAGGUGCAUACAAGGAUAUGAAUGGUCACCAAAAUAUCUCAACGGUUCAAAUAGGGGGCCGCUUGAUCCCACGGUCUCUCGUGCAAAACAAUAACCCCUCUUUAACUCAGGCAUAUCGACAAGUCCAUCGAAAGGGGGGUCUUAUCUCCGCGUUUAUUCUUAACGUGUCUCGUAAGAGCAUGGAUAAACCGGAAAAUUCCCUGUGGAGUCAUUCCGACUGGGAUAAAAAUGUGGCAGAUCAAGCAUUGAUCACGAACGAGCUUACUCCUGAAAUUGCAAAGUUGGUCCCUGAAGGCGCAGCGUGUUUGAAUAAAGGUGAUCCGAAUGAACUAAGUUGGCUGAAGGUGUUUUAUGAACCCAAAUACGCUUGCUUGCGUGGUAUCAAGCGAAAAUAUGACCCUGAUGACAUGUUCUACGGCCUCAAAUCCGUGGGAAGCGAAGCUUGGCAAGAGGUCGAGCAUGGACGUCUCUGUCGAGUGGCAACUAUGUAG